AUGCCUAUUUCGCGUCGCAAAACUUUCAAAUACAAGGAGAAUAAGGUUGUGAAGCCUCCACGCACUGGCCGCACUGAGUUGACAGCAAUUGAGCGCGCUUUUGCAGUAGGUGCGCUCACUGGCAUGCGGGGUGACUAUAGCUCUCAGCGGGAACUUGCCGACACCAUAGGUCGUGGGAAAGCUACUAUAUCAGAGCUGCUGAAGCGCGUGGAGAUGAAGGCAGAGGAGCAAGGUGUCUUCUUGUGGGAUGAAAUCUUCUAUGAAAACAAUCUGGGGCGCGGCAGGUCAACGUUGUUGACGCAGGAGCAGAAGGAUCGCAUUAUCCAAGUGUUGGCCUCAUCGCGCAACAACCGCGAGAAAGAGAGCUGGCAGGCUAUCGCGCAUGGUGACUUUGAUGAGAUUGUACCUAGGAUGAGCAUUACAACGUUUGAAAACGUAAUGUAUAAAGCUAGGUACGCACGGCGCAGGCCUGGCUGGAAACCACAACUGUAA